GCCAACAAUAUCUCGUCCCAACGUCACCUCGAACCGGCAUCAUCAACGGCGAUUAUAUUUUUCUCUUGGAAAGACAACACAAGGUACCAGCCAGAAAAAAUUCUAUUCUGCCAUACACAAAGCGUCUCUAUGUUAGCUGAAGUUGAGACCCAAGAGUCGCCUCACCCACCCAUUGAAUCUCUUCCCCCUGAAAUUCUUUCAGAAAUAUUUCUCCUCGUAAUUGAAAGGCCUUAUAGGAUUUUUGGACAUCUAUAUCGUGGGCCACAGCUACUGGUGAGGGUCUGUCGACUAUGGCGCGACAUCGCACAGAACUGCCCCGCUCUGUGGUCGUCCUUUAUGGUGCAUUGGCCAGAAAAUAGGCAAGAAGUCGUCGGAGCGAAACUGCUCCUGGACACGCUUCAGCAAACUGGACGACGCGGACUGACCAUGACGAUAUUUUUAUCCGAUGAUUUUCCCUCUUCCAUAUUCAAGGCUCUGGUCCAGCAUUCGUCUCAGUGGGAAGAUGUUCAUCUACCCACUCUUCCUAGGACACAAUCAGCGCCACAAAAUCUCCCUCCGCUCCAUUUGCCAUCGUUAAAAUCACUUGUCUUGGGUCGGCAACAUUCCGUAGAAGACCUCAUCACCAAGCUGAGCAUGUUCAAAAUCGCGCCGAACCUCAGAUCUGUUGUAUUCCACUUCCACAACACACCAUCAUCUGAUUUCGACCCAAGUGUAAUACAAGCACCGUGGUGGCAGCUUACGCGUUUAUCCAUGUCGCUUGGGCUGACGGGGGAUUCUUCGAUGGAGGCGAGCAUUGAGGUUCUUCGGCUCUGCCCAAACCUCGAAACGUUGAGGGAAGAGACUAUACUCAACCCAGAUUCAGGCAACACCACUGUGACGCUCCGGAAACUCCGUUCGUUCAGCGUCAAGUCUCCUCAGUUGCUAAAUUACCUCGACUAUCCAGUGCUGGAACACCUGUCAAUCCUUCCACGAUACGAUAUACCACUUUCUGUACCUACCCUUUCACAACUCGCUCGUUCUGGGUGCCGUCUGCACUCUCUUCACAUUUGGCUAAUGUGUCAACUAGAGCACCCAAAGGACCUUUUCUCGUGCAUGCCACACCUGUGCAAAUUGCAUCUCGACAUGGAAUAUUACGGCACGGAUACGCUGGAACUCCUAGAGUGUCUUGGCUUGGACGACAUGAACUCCACGCUCCCCAACCUGAACGUUUUGGAGUUGAAGGUACAGGAGCUUUUUACAGGAGAAGCCCUAUCCGAAGAAAUAGGGGAGCUAUUGGUUAGGAUUAUUGAUGAACGUCGGAUUAUCCCCCGAGGAUCACAGGUUCCCCAACUGCGUCAGGUCUGUAUCAGGUGCUGUAAAGCUGGUGUUGAAGGGGUUGGUGGAAAAGAGGAGCUAGGAGACCAGACUGCCCGAAACCUUAGAGCUUUGUCUAACAUCGAUUGUCUGAAAGCGUUCAAGGCCGAGGGAUUAGAUCUAUCUAUCAUUGUUGAACAAGAGAAUACAAAUGGACGGCGCAAGGAUUGCGUUUUUCUAUGAUACAAAGCGCAUUGGACAGACUGUACAGACUGUUUUGUAGGACCUGGAACAUGCUCCUUUACUUUCCCUGAAGUACAGCUACAGCUGCGACGAAGCCGGCUUCGCGGGAUUUAUCGAACCAAUCAUGAUAGAAGCGGCUAUCGUUGCACAUGCUCGUCAACUGGGCUUCUGAAUAUUUGAAGCGAUGUCCCGUAGGUGGUCUCGAGACUUUGAAGAUCGAAAGGACUCGGCAUCGCUAGCAAUCAUCUCGACGAGGCAUGCCAGACGACGAUAUCAUCGCCCGUACAGGAGAUAAAGUGUACAGGCUUGUCCCGCUCAUUCUAACCUCUGCUUUUG